AUGGGAUCCUCUAAGCUGGCCCUGCUGCUGGUGGUGCUGUCCUGCGUAGAGCGCAGUCUGUCUGCCUCCUGUGUCGUUGACAGCUUCACAGUUAAAGGCGACUUUGACCCCAAGAGGUAUGCAGGAAAGUGGUACGCUCUGCAGAAGAAAGAUCCAGAGGGCCUUUUCCUGCAGGACAACAUCUCUGCUGAGUACACUAUUGAUGAUGACGGCUCAAUGACCGCCUCCUCUAAAGGACGCGUCACUCUGUUUGGCUUCUGGGUUGUGUGUGCUGACAUGGCUGCCCAGUACUCCGUCCCCGACCCUGCCACCCCCGGCAAGAUGUUCAUGAACUACCAGGGCCUGGCCAGCUACCUGUCCAGUGGAGGUGACAACUAUUGGGUGAUCGACACUGACUACGACAACUACGCCAUUACUUAUGCCUGCCGCACCCUGAAGGAUGACGGCAGCUGUGAGGAUGGCUACGCCCUCGUCUUCUCCAGGAACCCCCGCGGCCUGCCUCCGGCCAUCCAGCGCGUCGUGCGUCAGAAACAGGAAGACAUCUGCAUGGCCGGAGAGUUUCAGCCUGUCCUGCAGUCUGGAGCCUGCUAGAGAGAAAGAGAGUGUGGAGCUGCUGGUUGCUGUAUAAGAGGCUUGAAAGAAAGAAGAGGGAGAAUGACUGUAUGUGACAGAAGAUGUGUAUGUGAGAGUGAUAAUGUGAAUGAGCAGAUGCAGAUUGGAAAAAAAGAAUGGAAGACAAUGGAAAACCUGCAUAUGUCCAAUCAGGAUUUAAGAUUUGUAUCUGUUUUUUUUGUUUUUUGAUUUAAAUCCAUUU